AUGGGAGACUGGAGUUUGCUUGGGAAACUCUUGGAGAGCGCUCAGGAACACUCAACUGUGGUGGGAAAAGUGUGGCUGACAGUUCUCUUUAUCUUCCGCAUACUCGUGCUGGGCACAGCUGCGGAGAAAGUCUGGGGCGAUGAGCAGUCGGGCUUCAUCUGCGACACCAAACAACCCGGCUGCCAAAACGUCUGCUAUGACAAGACCUUCCCCAUCUCUCACAUCCGCUUCUGGGUAUUACAGAUCAUCUUUGUGUCUACCCCGACUCUCAUUUACCUGGGUCACGUCUUGCAUCUGGUCCGUGUGGGGGAGAAGCAAAAGUGGGAAGAAAAGAAGCUCAUCCAGCAGUUUGGCAAACAACCCCUUACUGACCAAUCCAAAGAAAAGAAGUUUCCCAUGUGCGAUGAACAAGGCCACGUUCACUUACAGGGAGAUAUUCUGUGCACGUAUGUCUUUAACAUCAUCUUCAAAACGUUAUUCGAGGUUGGUUUCAUUGGAGCGCAAUAUUAUUUGUACGGUUUUGGGCUGAGACCUCUUUAUAAGUGCGCACAACCACCUUGCCCCAACACGGUGAACUGCUAUAUCUCCAGACCAACUGAGAAGACCAUCUUUAUUAUCUUCAUGCUAGCGGUGGCUUGUGUGUCUCUCGCUCUUAAUCUGCUGGAGAUCUAUCACUUGGGCUUCACAAAGUGCCGUCAGGGCUUGAGGUACAGAAAGAUGGUGACGUCUCCUGCGUCAAACUCCAAAGCACCCGGUGAAACAGCUAUUUCACUCAUUCCCAACAACCUGCAUGGGCAUCAGGUGCCUCACCAGCCCCUAGCGGCUUUAAAAAACUCACCUUUCAUUCCAUACAACAGUAAAACAGCUUAUAAACAGAACAAGGAUAACUAUGCAGUGGAGAAGAAUGUUCAGCCGGAACAGCCAAAUCACCACGGUCGGCCAAACCCAACGGCAAAAAGCAGCAACAACACCAGAAAAGAUGAUCUUAACAUCUGAUCCUGGCAAAAACAGCGAAACAAACAAACAAAUAAACCUAUGUUUUAAUUGUAAAUGUCUUGAUGGCAAACAUUUCUUUGCAUUUCAUUUGGAUAUCAAACCAUG